AUGGUCUUACACAAUCCUAACAACUGGCACUGGGUCGACAAGAACUGCAUCGACUGGGCCAAGAAGUACUUUGAUGAAACCUUACCUGCCAUUAGCGUGGAAGCCCCAGGUCCACUCACUAUCAAUGUGACUCGAGUCAAGACUCUAGAUGGCGAUGUUGGAGUGUAUCAGCGCAAGGGUAAAGUGAUUUCACUUUUUGAUCUUAACAUGGUUCUCUCUUACGAAGCCACGGCUCCCAAGAAGGAAGACGCUUCUUCACCUGAGGAAAACCUCCCAGUCACUGGCGACAUUACAAUUCCGGAAAUUGCCUACGACUCUUCGGCAGAUGACUACACUUUUGAAAUUGGAACUAAUGCAGGACCUUCCAAUGACACCCGGGAUGAAGCCAAAAAACAGGUGCGUGCUAAGCUGGUGCCACUUCUCCGUGAAGCCCUCUUUGCAUUCGGACCUGAAUUACUUCGUGUCCACGGCCAGGAUAUCCAGCAUCCUACAGACCAGGUCAAGUCGACUUUUACUAAAUCAAACCAGGAGGAGAGCUUGGCGGAAAUCAAGGGAUCCAAUGAAUCAACUGAGACUUCUAAAGCCUCAGAACCUACUGCUUCUACUGGACCCGCAAAAACUACUGCUGCUUCUGAACCGGCAACUACCAAGACCGAGUCAAAGGGCAUACGAACUACUGAAUACAAUACCGAGACUGCAAAGACAGAGGUUAUUUUGCAUGCACCUGCUGCCGAGGUAUUUGCAACAUUUAUUGACAAGGCCCGAGUUUCUGCUUGGUCACGAUCCAAUCCUGUUUACACACCUCCUUCCGGUGUUUCUGCAAGCGAUACUCCAACUGUCGGUACUCGCUUCUCGCUAUUUGGUGGCAAUGUGACGGGUGAGUUUUUGGAACUGGACCCAGGCCAGAUUAUUAAACAAACAUGGCGGUUGUCAGAAUGGAAGGGCCGACACCAUGCUACACUUACACUCGCAUUGAUUGAAGGCGAAGCCGAUACCACAGUCAAGGUUUUGUUUGAGGGUGUUCCUGUGGGUGAGGCUGAUGAAGUUCUUGAUAACUUUGAAAAGUACUAUGUCCGUCCCAUUAAAAUCACUUUUGGCUAUGGUGCUGUUUUGUAA